CACACACCCACGCACCAACCGCUCCCUCUCUCUCAUCCAACACCACACUGAGCAGCCUUCCCUUCAACCCCUCCUCCAUCCACCACCAUGAAGCUGUUCUUCUGCCCCAAGCCCGCCACCGCUCUCAUAGUGUUCUGCGCCCUUGUGGCAAUCGUGAGCGCCCAAGAGACUCCCAUCCCCACCUCCAUGGACACCACCGUCACCGACGGCACGACCACCGCGACGAUGGAUACCCCGGCGCCCACCAACGUGGACGGCACGACCACCGCGACGAUGGAGACUCCGUCACCAACCGUGCACGUUCACACCGACGACAUGGACCACGACCACGAGGAGACAAUGGGCCCCACCGCGACGGGCGACGCGGAGGGUGACGGCGCGGCUGCGAUCGGCGGCGGCGCCAGGAUGACCGCCGUCGUGUCGUGCGCGUUGGCCGCGUUGGCGGCUGGUGCCGCGUGGGGCCUGUGAGGUGGUGGUGUUGGUUUUGGUCGGGCGGCGGAUGGAAUCACAACGAACGGUCGUUCGCUUGCGCGCGUCGGUGCGCAGGGGCGGGGGCGGCAAGAGAUGGCGGGGGCUUGACGGCUUGCGAACGAGUUUUGUUGCCGCCUUUUUUGAGGAGAGGGCGAUGGGCUGGCCUGGCCGUCUGCAUGAAAGCGCUUUUAUCUCCUCAACAGGGGAGGCUGCUCCCCGCCGAGGCGGGUGUGGUUGUUCUGCGUAUGGUUGAGUCGCACAGGUGUUUCGUGUGUUCGUUAUUUUCUGUCCGCGCACGAGUUUUCGUUGUUUAGUUCUUGCGCAGGAAUAUCUGCUGCUGUAAUUUUCCCCCUUUUUGGGGCAAGACUCUCUUUCUUCUUUUUCUUGGGGGAGAAGGAUUUGUUGCGCCGCCGCAGGGAAACGAACAUCUUCACCCCACUGCCAGUGGUCUAGAUGCGUGCCUC